UAAAGGCAUGUGCCACAAUACCCAGUUUUUGUGUAGGACAGUGGCUUUCAACCUUCCUUACAUUUUGACCCUUUAAUACAGUUCUUCAUAUUAUGGUGACCUCCAACCAUAAUAUUUUUUUGCUGCUUUAUAACUACAAUUUUGCUACUGUUAUGAAUCAUAAUGUAAAUAUAUGUGUUUUCUGGUGGUCUUGGGUGACCUUUUAAGGGGCUAAGUAUGACCCACAUAUUGAGAACCAUUGCUCCACACCUUUCUUCUCACACCCCCUCUCUCUGCUUUGUCUCUCCCUUCGUUCUUCCUUCCAGAGUCUCAUAUAUUCCAGUUUUGCCUCAGACUUACUGUGUAGCCAAGCCAAGGAUGACCUUAGACUUUGGAUUGCUGUGUCCAGGGUGUGAUUACAGGCAUGUGUUACCAUAUCUGCUUUAGUUGGUGCUGGGAUCAAGCCCAGGACUUUGGGCAUGGAAGGAGCCAAGUCAGCCCCGAAGACCAUGAACUUAUCCAUUGAGCACUGCAACGUAUCUGACUGGUUGAGACUGGAGGCCACGGUGAAGGCCUCUGUGUAUGUGGUGGCUUUCUCCAUUGCCACAUCCAUUACCGUUGUCAUUAUCGCAAUAGUGUCCCAGGAUCUGCAGCUGAGGAAAGAGGUCCGACUGGUCCUCCUCUGUCAUCACCUGCUGUGCAUCUCUUCCUACUGUGGCCUGGGGGUUGUCUUCCAAGGAAUGCGGGCCUUGCUGGCCAACAGCCCCCUGCUGCUGUGCUGGCUGGUAUUUGGGGCACAGCUAUGUGUGGGAGAAGGGAUCCUCCUUACUCUGGCCUUGAUGGCGCUCAACACUUACCUGGCCAUUUGUUAUCCCCUGAACUCUCCAUCCUUUGUAGAGUCUGCUAAGUACAGGAUUCUGACUGGGACCUGGACCGCUGUUCUACUCAAGAAUGUUGGCUUAUUCCUCCUAGAGGCCACUAGCCCUCCUCCAGCCUCUGUUUUCCAGUCUGCCCCGCUCUGUCCUGUCAUCUUGAACGGUACGCCUGCCAGAGUCAUCGGCAUGCUUUUCCUUGCUCUUCCUUUAUGUGUCAUCCUUGUGUGUUACUGUCUGAUAUACCGAGAAGGGAAGCGGGCUGGCCAUUUUAAUAGAUCAAACAUCAGGGCCAGGAGAACUGUCCUCGUUCAUCUACUGCAGAUAAGCUUACAUGUCAUCCCCACGCUCAUAGUCAUAGGUUUGGGAAAGCGGUGUGGGGUGUUUUUCUUUACUCUAAAUCUGGUGCUUUUUGGUGUCUUUGCAUUUGCACAGUGUUUCAACCCUCUGGUAUAUGGGCUAUGCAGCAGAGACCUGCAGAGAAAACUGUACUCUUGGCUGCACUGUCAGAAGAACCAGCAGGGGACUGGCUUAAACAAAGAUUUAGCUCUUCCUAGUAACUCCAGACUUAAUAUGGGUGUGAGGGCUGAGGACUUGCCUUGCAUUCAGCCCCAAACUGUGGCUGUGCUUUGAUUUUGAAAGCAGUGAGACUUCUCGACUGCACCUUGGUGAGGUCAGCUAGUGCCUUUGACGCUAAACCCAGAUGAGCACUUUCUGAUGAGUCUGAGUAUGACAGCUGAAAGAGCCGAAUCUAGGAGUCACAUGAUAAUGGAGUCACUGAAAAGGCUGGGGUAAACAGAAGUCAGGGUCCCGCAGACUGGUGUCAUGUUAAGGUAGGCGAAGAGCCCAAGAGCCGUAUGCUCUGGGCACUCACAUCUUGACAACUUUGUUCUGUCAGUAGAAAAAGCAACAAGAUGGCUUCUACCCACAUAGUCUCCUGUAAAUGGUGGUACCUAAUUGGUUAUAGAGACCCUAAAAGCAAGGGAGUCUGGGAAAUGUAGUUUCUAGUUUUACUGAUUUGGCAGUAGGAGAAGUUACCUCCCAAGGAGUGAGAACUGAAUGAGCCAACUUAUGGGCCCCUCUCUUACUACAUUUAGUUUUAUUUACAUAUUAUAAUGAUAACAGAAACAAACAAAAGACACUAUUGGGCAUUAUGUUUCUCCCACUCUACAAGCCAUUUUAUACUCUGUCAGAUUCUCACAACAAUAUGUAACGUAGACAUAAUUACUCUUGAUUUACAAAUGAGAACAAUGGAGUUUGAGGAAAGAACUUCUAAGCCUCAGAGGUUCUAAAUCUUUCAAUUUACAUAACAUUUUCUGCAUUUGUUUGGUACAGGGUAAUCAUUUUUCUUAAAAAAUUAAAAAUAUUUAGUGUGUGUGUCGGCGGGGGGGGGGGUAGGAGGUCAAGGACAACUGUUAGAGCUUGAUUCUCUCUUCCGCUUUUACAUAGGUUCCUUUAUGUGGUCAUCAGGUUUUCGAGGCAAAUACUUUACCUGCUGAGCUACCUUGCCAACCCAACUUUUUCAUUUUUGAGAGCCCAAACCAAUUGCUUGAGAAAGCCAGGCCUUGACUCUCCACUUUGCUUUGGGUCUGGAGUUCUGCUACGGAGGAGAUUCUCUUUCUUAUCUGUCACUUAUCCAGCACAUUUCCUUCUUAUGCAUCACGCCUACGAUGUUUUACCGUCUUGAGGCCAUUCUUAUUUUCAUACUCCAGAGCUUCUGUGCCGUGUCUAUACUCUUCCUUAUUCCAUACUCCAGAGCCUCUUCCUUGGUUUAAGUGCUCCUCUUGCCUCCUCCAUCCGCUCCUCUCAAGUUUGAGAGAUAGAGUACUUGGACAUGCUAGGCAGAUGCUCUUCCACUGACCUAUAGUACUCCAGUCCUCAGUUGCUUGUCUCCUCUUUUCCUAGUUCAAAUGCUAAGAAACAAAGCUUCACCGUUUUUUUCAGGAGACUCUGGAUUUUAUUUCCCUUGCCUCUCAGUACCUAGCAAAGUGCCUGGUAGACUUCAGGCACUCAGAUGCUGAAAUAGAACCACUAACCAGGAAGAGAUGCCUUUCUAUAAACCCUUUUCUUUUUUCCUUUUUGGUUUUUGAGACAGAAUUUCUCUGUGUAGCCCCAGCUGUCCUGGAACUCACUUUGUAGACUAGAUUGGUCUCAAACUCAGAGAUCUGCCUGCCUCAGUCUGUAGACAGAAGUUUCUGUCUUGCCUGGUCUUGUAGCCAUUCAGUCCCAACAAAACACACAGAGGCUUAUAUUAAUUAUAAAUGGUUGGGCCUAUUAGCUCAGGCUUAUUUUUAACUAUCUCUUACAACUUAAAUUAACCCAUAAUUCUUAUUUAUGUUUAGCCACAUGGCUUGGUACCUUACUUAAGAGGCAUUCUUAUCUUGAUUCCUCUGCAUUUGGCUGGUGACUACAGACUAAACCUUUCCUCUUUGCAGAAUUCUCCUAGUCUGGUCAUCCCACCUAUACUUCCUGCCUGGCUACUGGCCAAUCAGCAUUUUAUUAAACCUAUACAAAUGACAAAUCUUUACAAGAUACAAGAACAUUAUCCUGCAGCAUCUGCCUCCUAAGUUUUGGGAUUAAAAGUUUAUACCGCAACCAGUUGAUGCCUUUCUAUAAACUCUUACAUCACAAAAGCCAGUCUUUUUGCACUGACAUAUUAAACAGUCUGAGAAUAAAGAAUUUUUUAGGACUAGAGAAAUGGCUCAACAGUUAAGAGUACAUAUUGCUCUUGCAGAGGAACUACGGGUUCAGUUCCCAGCACUCACAUUAAGCAACCCAUAAACUCCUGUAACUCUAGCUCCUGAGGACCUGACACUUUCUUCUAGACUCCAUGGGCACAUCACUCACUCUCAUAGGCACACAUAUAUAAACAUAAUUAAAAAUAAUAAAAAUAGGCUAGCCUUUAAACCAUAUACACACAAACAACAAAAACAGACCCAGAAGACUGGAUCGACAUACAUUUGUGCAUACAUAUAUACAUAUUGUAUGCAUGUGUAUUAGUCAGUAUUCUAUUGCUGUGAAGAGACACCAUGACCAUGGCAAGUCUUCUAAAGGAAAGCAUUUAAUUGGGGGUAGGCUUACACUUUAGAGGUUUAGUCCAUUAUCAGCACGGCAGAAAGCAUGGCAUCAGGCAGCAAGACAAGGUGUUGGAGAAGAAGCUGAGAAUUCUACAUCUGGAUCUUCAGGCAGCAGGAAGAGAAAAAGAUACUGGGCCUAGCUUGAGCUUCUGAAACCCCAAAGCCCACCCCAGUGACACGCUUCCUCUAACAAGGCUACACAUCCUGAUCCCUGUCAAGUAAUAUCAUUCCCUAACAGCCAAGAAUUCAAAUACAGGAGCCUAUGGGGGCCAUUCCUAUCUAAACCACUAACUAUAGCAUGCAACAACAAUAAUCAAAGAGAAGGCAUCCAUCAACUUGAAAUGGGGGAAACAUGAGUGGGGCUUAAGGGAGGGUAUCUGUGAGGGACUGGAGGAAGGAAAGGCAGGGGGAAGUGAUUCUAUUUAAAUUAAAAACAUUAAAAAUAAUAAUAUGGGCGGGGAGGGAGAAUGAUUGUAAGAGCCAGAGGAACAGGGAGUUUGCUAUGAGCUUGUGUCUCCCAGGAAUGUCAAAACUAUGUCCAUGAAGUCUCAUCUCACUGACAUGACUGCCUAAACAUGAACUGAACAAGGACAUCUGGCGUGCCAACAUUCACAGGCAAAGCCAGGAGGCCUCAGCCCCACACAAAGAACUACAAGCAACUAAGAAAUGCUAAGAGGAGGAGAACUAGUCUUCCCCAGGAAGAGUGCACCAAAUGGUUGUCAGCCUGAAAACAUACAUAUAUAAUUAACAUUAUAUGUAAACUUGAAAAGGAGCAAAGAGGGGUGUAUGGGGGAGGUUAGAGGGAGG